CCGACUUCUUUCACCUUUCCCUCCCCUCCCAGUCAAACCAGAUCCUCUGACCGUCUUCUCACCUGCCUGUUGGUCGAUCGUUUCACCAUGGCGACCCUGGCCGAGAAGCUGGAGAAGAUCAAGUCUCCCAAGCUGCAGAAUCAGCAACAUACGGCUGUUGUGCUUUCUGCAGUCGAAGACACCCUCCGCGAUCAGAAAGCCGAUUUCUCUUCCACAGCAUAUUUCGCCGCGCUGUUGGCGCUUCUGGGCCAGUCCAUCUCCGCUACCCAAGGCAUUGUCAACAAGGACCUCGCUACUUCCGUCGUGUAUCUGCUCGACAUCACCGCUACAUAUGUCCCGGCGCCGAUCCUUCGCUCCAAGUUCUCGCAGAUCCUGACCAGUCUCGCGCCCGCCCUCUCUCUGCCCGAAGUCGAAGCCCCGCUCCUCCGUCCGUCCAUCGGCUGUCUCGAGUCUCUUCUCGUCGCCCAAGAUGUCGCGGCCUGGCAACUCCCUCACACCCAGAUCGGUCCCCGUCGGGCCAUGGCUGGUCUGCUGAGUUUGUCGGUGGAUCACCGCCCCAAGGUCCGGAGACGUGCUCAGGAUGCCUUGAUCAAGGUCCUCAAGACCCCUCCCCCCAGCCCCUCCUUGGACCACCCGGCUGCCGAUAUGUGUGCGGAGACUGCUCUGCGCACCCUGGGCGACAGCAUCACGGCGGCAGCAAAGUCGAAGCGUGGCCGUAACGACCCCCAGAAUCGGGACAGCCACGACCCUCUCGUCAUUCACUCUUUGCAACUAGUUAAGACGAUUGCCGUCGCUUCGGGCGGCUGGCCGAGCAAGAAGAUUGAGCCGCUGUGCGAGCUCUUGAUGAACGCUUCCCGGUCGACCAACGAAUAUAUCACCAUGGGCGCCUUCGAGGUCUUUGAGGUCAUCUUCUCUAGCAUGGCCAACGAAUUCUCGUCCUCCAAGCUUCCUCGCCUUCUCGAGGCGAUCACCGACCUCAAGCCCGCACAGAACGACUCGCAGCUGCUGCCCCCCUGGAUCGCCGUCUUGUCGCGCGGCUACGACGUGUCCGCCCAGACCAGCCCCGAAGAUACCUUUGAGAAGCUCCCGGACUUGUUCAACAUGAUUUCCGGCUACCUCGCCUCUCCUUCACGCAACAUCCGUGUGUCGGCAUCGGAGUGUUUGGUCUCGUUCCUUGCGAACUGCAUUCCCAAGAACGUUAUCAUCGAGCCCUCGAUCUACGACGAGAAGACACUCGAAAAGCUCGCCAAGGCCGCCUUGGAUCUCCUCUCCGUGAAGUACCAGGCUGCCUGGGCGGAGGUGUUCAAUGUCUGCGCUGCCAUGUUCGACAGCUACAAGUGGCGCUCAAGCCCCUACCUCGACGACAUUGUCAAGACGGUUGGUGAGCUCCGCAGCAACGAGUCUUUCCACGGGAAGAAGGAGGCGGACAAUGUCCUGGGUAGUGCUAUUGAGGCUAUGGGUCCUGCUGCCGUUCUGGAGAUUCUGCCUCUGAACAUCAUUGUCCAGAAGGCCGGUCAGCCCGGUCGUGUCUGGCUCCUCCCUGUCCUUCGCGACAACGUCACCAACACCAAUCUUUCUCACUUCCGCUCCGAGUUCGUUCCGCUCAGUGAGGCUCUGUACCAGAAGGUGAUGUCUUACGGCUCCUCUGGGAAGGAUGUGGAAGUGAAGAUCUUCGAGACUCUUGUCCAGCAGACUUGGGCUAUCCUGCCCGGUUACUGUGAGCUGCCUCUCGAUCUGGUCGAAUCGUUCGACCAGAGCUUCGCAGAGCUUCUCUCCAACGUUCUUUACAAGCAAACCGAGCUGCGGGUCGACAUCUGCCGGGCUUUGCAGAACUUGGUAGAGUCUAACCAGGCUAUCUUGUCUCUCGAAGAGGAGGGCGAUGACUUGAUUCUCCAGCGCCGAAUUACCAAGGCUGCGGCUACCAAGAACAUUGCCCAUUUGGCCGGAUUUGCCAGCAACUUGUUGGCGGUCCUGUUCAACGUGUACAGCCAAACCCUGCCCCAUUACAGAGGUUUCAUUCUUCAGUGCAUCAACGCUUAUCUGAGUAUCACACCCGAGAAGGAGCUCAAUGAGACAUUUACGCGUGUUGCCUCCAUGCUCGAACAGUCGGUGGUUUCUGAGCAGGAAGAAGCCAAGCAAGGCAACCAGCAGCCCCCCUCUGGCAACAAGAUGCCCCCUACCUCCCACACUUUGAUUGACCUAGUCAUUGCUAUGUCCAUUUAUCUGCCCCGCACCAGCUUCGCCAGCUUGUUCGCCAUGGCUGCAGCCAUCCUCAACGGACAGACCGGCGAUCAACAACUGAUCAAGAAGGCUUACAAGCUCAUCCCCCGUCUCGCUACGACCGAUGCAGGCAAGGCCGCGCUUCAGGAGCGGAGCUCCGAGCUUCAGACCCUGAUCUUGUCGACCUCCGACAAGACUCCUUCGUCCGCCCGCCGCGACCGCAUGCUGGCCGUUCACGAACUUGUUACAUACCUGCCGACUUCCGACUUGCACUUCAUCCCCGCCGUUCUCUCCGAGGUGGUUCUGGGUUGCAAAGAGAGCAACGAGAAGACGCGGACUGCCUCCUUCGACUUGCUCAUCCACCUUGCGAACCGGACUAUUGAUUCGGAACGCAACCCACCUGGCACCGUCAUUCGCAACUCUCUGGUGCCGCACAUGCCGGACAACGCGCCCGAUGCCCCGGCCACCAUUGAGGAGUUCUUCACCAUGGUUUCUGCUGGUCUGGCCGGUAGCUCUCCUCACAUGGUUGCCGCAUCUGUCACGGCUCUUUCCCGCCUGUUCUUCGACUUCCACACCCAGCUCCAGGCUUCCAUGAGCACCGAUCUCGUGCAGACCGUCGAGCUUUUCCUCACCAGCAACAACCGUGAGAUCGUCCGGUCCGUCCUUGGCUUCGUCAAGGUUGCGGUUGUGGUGCUCUCUGACGAGGAUCUGCGCGCGCGCCUGAGCAACCUGGUUCCGAACCUGAUGGUCUGGAGCAAGGAGCACAAGGGCCGUCUCCGCAGCAAGGUCAAGGGCAUCCUUGACCGCCUGAUUCGCCGCUUCGGCGCCGCUCCCAUUGAAGAGCUCGUCGGCGAGGCCGACCGCAAACUGGUGGUCAACAUCCGGAAGCUGCGCGAGCGCCGCAAGAAGAAGAGAAAGGAAGGCGAGCAGGGAGACGAGGACGAGGACGAGGACAACGCCGGCCCCGCCGGUGGGGCCGACAACGCUAAGAGCGGCCGCACCUACAGCAACGCCUUCGACAAGGCCGUGUACGACUCGGACUUCUCGGACUCGGACGACGACGCCAGCGAGAUCGAUGUCGACGAAGAAGGCGGCACGCAUGCCCGCAAGGGCCGCGGCCGCGGCGGCAGCACCACCCACAACCGGAAAUCCCAGCAGAGCGAGCAGUACAUCCGCGAGCUCUCGCCCGAGGACAACCCGCUCGACCUGCUCGCCCCCGACGCCCUGGCCAGCAUCUCGACCACGAAACCCAGCGUGCGCUUCCUCAACACGGGCCCUGGCUCGCGCAAGAAGCGGAACGCCAAGUUCGGCCCCGACGGCCGUCUGCUGCUGGGCGAGGAGGACGACGGGGACAACACCACUGCUUUGGAUGAGAACAACAACGGCGGUGGCGAAAGCGGCAUCAACGCCUACGUCCAGGCCGUCAGCGGGCCCGACGCCGUCCGCCGCGGCCAACGUGGCAAGCUCAAGAUGGCCCAGUCGCAGAAGAAGAAGUCCCACGGCGGCGACGACAUGGAUCUCGAUGACGAUGAUGCCGCCGCUGUGGGUGCGGCGACCAGCUCGAGGCCCGGGCCCGGCCGUCGCGGUCUCGGUGUUCCCAAAGCGCACGGUCCCAGCGGCGGUGGUCGUAUCGAGAAGCGUCGCGACGGUCGCGACAGUCGCGGUCGACCUGGCGGUGGCCGCGGCCGUGGCGGCGGUGGUGGCCGCGGCCGUGGUGGCAGUGGUGGAUUCCGUGGAGGCAGUGGCGGGUUCCGUGGCAGAAGAUAAAAAGUUGAGGCUGUUUGAAGAUGAUAUAUAGGUUAGUGGACAAUUGCACAAAACAGAAUGGGAUAAUGCCCGCGAAUCAGGUGGAGGCCAAGGGGGCGAUGGGGUGGGAAAUAACGUCCGAUAUGAGAUAGGACAUUCAAUUUUUUUUCCCCUUAUUUUCCAUAAUGAGAUGAAUCAUUGCUCGUCAUGUCACGUCUUCACCACCAACUAACUAAAUCUUUGAUAUGGCAUUUACCAAACCAAAGCACAUAACCAGUUUCCCUUUUCACUUGUGUCAGUUCUUUUCAUGCCACCCCAAAAAGCACAUCUAUCUAUCUAUAUUGUCUUGUCUGGUUUGUUGGUUUAGUGUUGUGCUUUGUGUUUUUUUGUGAAGGUAUUUUUGUAUACCCUUUCUCCUGUUUUGUUUUCCUGCUCUUAUUCGAGGUCGGAUUGUGUAAAUGUCGUUAUUAGUAGUAAGUUGGAUCGAUAU